AUGAAGGAAUACUUGAUAUGGAACGUAUUAACAGUAAUGCAGGGCCAAGUGCCGACAGAGAAACAAUCAGCAAUGCAGGGUCAAGAGCCAAAAUUGAACCCAUUAACAAUGGAGUGCCAAGCACCUAUUAGAAAAAAGGGAAGGGAAGAAGCAAAAGUGCAGAGGACAAAAAAACGAGAAAGAGAAAAAGAAAUUCUAAGACUUACUAUCAAAGCUGGGUGUCCAAUGAACUUGGCCGAUUUUCCAAUGGAUAUUCAGCGCUGUCCUUUAAAAUUUGGAUCAUUUGGAUAUACAAAAAAGGAUGUUAUUUAUCGGUGGAAUAACGCUCGACAAGUGGCAAUAGCAGAAGAUAUGAAACUCUCACAGUUCGAUCUUAUCGAUACUCCCGCAGGAAACCAAUCGUAUGCUGUUUUUGGGAGUUUUAAAAACUCCAUAUCAAAAGUACCGAGUAACCUGAAUUCGCAUUUAGAUGAAUACUCAAUGCUUUUAGUGAGUUUCCAUCUACAAAGACAUAUGGGCAACUUCCUUAUACAAGUUUAUGGUCCAUGUGUUCUUUUAGUUGUCCUUUCAUGGGUGUCGUUUUGGCUUAACAGGGAAGCAACGGCUGACAGAGUUUCUCUUGGUAUAACGACCGUUUUAACAAUGACGUUCCUCGGACUGGAAGCACGAAAGGAUCUACCAAAAGUUUCAUACCCUACAGCAUUAGAUUAUUUUGUUUUUCUAUCGUUUUCUUUUAUUUUUGCUACUAUAAUUCAGGUAAACGUAUAUAUCUUUUUAAGUACACCUACACCAAAAAAAUUAGAGAUGCCUUGAAUUUAUCC